CCCGGGCUGCAGUCCUCUUCUUCUGUGUCCCUUCUCUCUCUUCGCAUCCUCCUCAUCCUUCUCCUUCCCGCCGGGGUCGGAGACCCCGCGGAGCGGCGCGGCGGCUGCGGCAGCUGCCGGCUGGGCGGCCGCUGCGGAUGAUGCACGGAGAUGGUCCACCAGGAAAACUGCUCCUACCAGGCCCAGAAGAAUGAGCGGGAGUCAAUCAGACAGAAGUUGGCUCUGGGCAGUUUCUUCGAUGAUGGCCCAGGACUUUAUACCAGCUGCAGUAAGAGCGGCAAGCCAAGCCUCUCCUCUCGAUUACAAAGUGGGAUGAACCUGCAGAUUUGCUUUGUGAAUGACAGCGGCAGCGACAAGGACAGUGAUGCUGAUGACAGCAAGACAGAAACCAGCCUGGACACACCAUUGUCGCCCAUGAGCAAGCAGAGUUCAUCCUACUCUGACAGAGACACGACAGAGGAAGAGUCAGAGUCCCUUGAUGACAUGGAUUUCCUCACAAGGCAAAAGAAACUCCAAGCUGAAGCCAAAAUGGCCUUGGCUAUGGCAAAACCCAUGGCCAAAAUGCAAGUCGAGGUGGAAAAACAGAACAGGAAGAAAUCGCCAGUUGCGGAUCUUCUGCCACAUAUGCCUCAUAUAAGUGAAUGCCUGAUGAAGAGAAGUUUAAAACCCACUGAUCUAAGAGACAUGACUAUCGGGCAGCUACAGGUGAUAGUCAACGAUCUCCACUCACAGAUAGAAAGCUUGAACGAGGAGCUGGUGCAGCUGCUUCUCAUUCGGGACGAGUUGCACACGGAGCAGGACGCCAUGCUGGUGGACAUUGAGGAUCUGACCAGACACGCCGAAAGUCAGCAGAAGCACAUGGCAGAGAAGAUGCCGGCAAAAUGAACCUGGGAGUCUCGGGAGCAGAGCUCGAGCGAUACUUCAUUUUGCUUCUGUGUGUGUCCAAGCUCUGAUGUCCACGGUGGCGCACAAGAAAACCAGUGUUAGUCAUUGACCAUGUCUGAAGCUUUAUGUCUGGUGAUUGGCCUCUGCUUCUUAAUUUAUUUUAAUUUUUUUACUCGUGCCACUAAAUAUCAGGCAUUUUAAUAAUAUUAUUACAGAAAAUGUACAGUACUUAUAACAUUAUAAAUCAUGGGUGAGAAGAAAGGGUAGUUUAACUUUAUUUUUGUUUGUUUAGAGAUUUUCAUUUGAAUGAUAUUUUACCAUUGACUACUUUUUUAUUCUUCACUGUAGUUUUAAAAUAAAGAAACUGUACUUGACGGUGCUAUACAAGUCAAAAAAUACAUGCCUGCCUCGUAGUGAAGUUGUAGCUUUCAGUAAUAUGUAUAUUUUAAUCAGUUUUCAACAUUUUGUGAAUGUUGACUACCUGACAUGCAUUUUUAGAUGUACUAUUAACAUUCGGUUGGAUUCAGAGAGUUACCUUGAAAGUUUUAUGUAUAAAUAUGUAAAAUAAAAGUUUAAAAAAUUGUUUCAUAUGAUAUGUCUUUUUGUUGCCUAGUGGUUGUCUUUGGUGAUGCACCAGUGAUGUAUUCCUUGAACCAAAUGUGCAAUUCCUAAUUUGUCAUCACCAGAAAAAGCUUCAUUUUUCUUUUUUUUUUUCCAGUCAAUCACAUGAAAUCAUGGAAAGAAGACAGGAUUUUUGUAGAGUUAUUUAUUUGUAAGUUCAUAAUGUUUGUAUGACAUGGACUUAAGAGAUUCUUCUAUAAUAACAUUCACUGGGCCCUAAUGUUGUGACUAUUGUUAGAAUAAUUAGGCACAUACUAUAGAUGAGUUCUUUUUCUAUUUUAUUGUCUAGGCUAAAUAUUUAAACCACUCACCAAUGUCAGAAAUAAAAAAGAAAAUCAAUGUUAAUAAUCAAAGCA